AUGCCUUGGAAAAUUUGGAGGACCUGCCUGACCCUCCCUAGGUUGCACUCACUGGCAGUUACUCUCGAACAGUACCGGAUGACACGGCUCUGUAUAGGCCUUAUCCGGAAGUGUCACGGAACCAGCGAAUCACGCUCAGUACCAGUUCACCGUGGGGGCGUGAACAACCAUAAGAUUGGCCUUUGGAGCCACGGGACUAUCGGUUACCAGCCCCAGGUACAUCCAUCCAUUCCCGGAGAACAGCUCCGAAAAAUGUUAGAUCGAGCCCCCAUCUCCAUCGCUGCACAGUUGGGAACCUCCCAGAACUGA